AUGGGUUCAAAUCCACCAAAUUACAACAAGCGGAAGGCAGAGGAAAUUGAAGCUGCCAAGGAGAAAGCAAGCAAAAAGAAAGACUCUAAGUCUUACAAAGUUUCUGCUGAAAAGGAGAAAGUUGAAGUCUCAAAGACUCAAGAUUCGGACCCAUCUGACAGUCCGGUAAAGAAGAAAAGGAAAGAGUCAUCAAAAAGAAAAGUGUCAAAACAAUCUGAAUCCUCUCGCAAAUCCGAGCCCUCAUCUGACGAGGACGAGACAAAGGAAAUGAAAGUUGAAUCGAAAAAGAGAAAGGCUAAGCGGGUCAAACGACUAAAGAAGAAAAUCAAGAGAGAUCAGCAAGAAGAAGUGUCGAAAGAAAAGAAGGUAUAA